AUGGCUACGUCACAAAAUCAUAAUACAGAUACGUCAAACGACAAAAACACCACAACAACAACAACAACUACUAAACCUGAGCGUCAACAAAUCAAUAACAUUCUUACCGAAUUCGGUUUAGAUCCCAGUGAUUAUCUUUUCAAUUCAUCACAAGCAACAUCAGCUGAUUAUCCUUCUGCAUUUUCAAAAUAUCCUGCACAGCCAUCAUUAUCAGUUAUAUCAGGACGACCGCUUUCAUACGUUCAACAUCCUCCACCACCUCCACCUGUUGUUAAUCGUCAAGCAUCUAGAACACAAUCAGGAGACGAUAUGAAUAAACCAGGAGCUUCACCACGACGAACACCACCACCCAUUCCUCGUUAUGAUGCGACUACAAAUGAUCCAAGUGUAUCAGCCGAACAUUAUUUACAUCAGAUGGAUGCAUUUGAUAAUCCACCUGUUAAAGUCGUUAAACCAAGUACACAAAAUGUAAUCUAUAAAAAAGAAAUUCGUAUUCGUUAUUUACAACCUCCAACACCUCCACCACCAGCACCCAUCAUUAUUCGAGAAACACAAUUACCACCAAUUCCACCUGAAUCACCACUUCUUAUUCGUGAAAGAAAACCUGAGGCACUUACACCACCACCUUUAACUAUUCGUGAACGACCACCAACUCCACCAGCACCAGUUGAACCUUGUAUCAUUGAUAAACCUAUACCACCACCUCCACCACCACCUCGUCAAAUUAUUAUCGAACGAUUACCAACACCACCACCUAAACCUCGUACAGUUAUAUUUGAAAAAUGGUUACCUUAUAAAAAAGUUAAACGUCCGAUUUUAUUACAAAAAGCUCCACCCAUACCGCCUCGUAAUCCAGCACGUAAUGUUAUUAUUGAAUAUGAACCAUUAAAAGCUUAUACAGUUCGACGUGUAAUUGAAGAAGGUGUAUUUCGUGUUGAUCCACAUCAAUAUACAGAUUAUAAUAGACAACAUUCCGAUGGAGAUGUACGAAUUGUUGAUCGUAUUGAUGAUUUACCACCACCAAGCGAAGAAUUAAUGCGUGUAUUACAAGAUUAUAAUAGAGGAUCGACAUCCAAUGCUGAUCAAUUAUCGAAUAUAUUACAUUCAGCAAAUACACCAAUUAAUCGACAAGAACGAGUUUUUUCACCAGCAGCUCGUAAGACAUCAACUCCUCUUUCGAGUUUCGAACCAGGUCCACGUACUCAAUCGAAAACUUCUACACCAGCAGCAUCACAACGACAUACACCUGCCGACAGUCCAUUAGACUUAAAAGCUGAAGAUGUUUAUUAA